CAAACAGUUUCGCUGCUCGAUGCGCGCUUCGGGACAAUCACCGCAUCUUCUCCCAUCUUCUCCAGGGCAUGAAAGCCACGUUUCCGGCUUUCUGCCCUUCACUUCACCACUCCUUCGCACUGAUGACCUGCCGCUGAACUGAUCAAGCAGGCCGCCACCAUGUCGAAGAUACAGAAGCUGUCAAUCUGCGGCAUCCGCUCCUUUGACCACAAAAACACCAUCGCGAUCGAGUUCAAGGCACCGCUCACCCUCAUUGUCGGCGUCAACGGCUCUGGCAAGACGACCAUCAUCGAGUGCCUAAAGUAUGUCACUGCUGGCGAGCUGCCGCCCAAUUGUGCAAAUGGACAGUCAUUUGUUCAUGACCCCAAGAUGUCCGGCGAGAAAGAAGUCAUGGCUCAGGUUAAGCUUCUCUUUACAUCUAUCGAGGGCCAUCGCAUGGUUUGUGCUCGAAGCAUGUCCGUAACCGUGAAGAAGGAUAGCCGCACAUUCAAAACACUCGAAGGCAGUCUCCGCAUGCAGAAGGGCGGCGAGCGCAAUGUCAUCAGCUCGCGUGUCUUUGAGAUGAACUCAAUCAUGCCGCGAAUGCUUGGAGUCUCCAAAGCCGUGCUGGAGAAUGUCAUCUUUUGCCACCAAGAGAGUUCACUCUGGCCCAUGUCUCCACCCAAGGACUUGAAGGUCAUAUUCGACACGAUUUUCGAAGCUUACAAAUACACCAAGGCGAUUGAGAACAUCAAAAUCCUGCAGAAGAACAAGCGACAGGAGCUGGUUGUGCUUAAGCAAGGCGAAGAUCACGCCAAGGCUGAUAAUGAGAAAGCGAAGAAGCUCAAGCAGCAAGAGGAGCGCCUACGGAGACAGUGCAAUGCACUGCAUGAACAGAACGCGGAAUUCGAAGAGAAGAUUCGUGAGGCCCAGCGCCAAUGGGAGGCUGUCAACAACGAACUUGGACAGGUCAAUCUGAUCGUGGGAGAGCUGACCGGCAAGCGCAUCGAGCGACAGACCAAAGAUGAGAGUGUCAAAAUCCUUCGGGAGAAUCUCGUGGAGAUGAACGAGUCCGAAGCAGAUCUUCAGAAGAUGCUUGGAGAGCAUGCGGAGCGGAUCGAAGUAUACAAGCAAGAGCUUGUCGACAAGAAGGAGCUUUACGGCGAAAAGGAGGACGAGCUCACUACCGCGCGCAAACAACAAAGUCUGCGCGAGCGGGAAUGCGGAUCCUUCGAGGCGGAGAAAUCAAGCAACGAGCGACAGGUUGACAACCGCAAUCGCAUGAUCCAAGACGCGGCUCGCACUCAUGGCAUAUACGGCUUCGAAGACGUCGACGAUACCACUGCCGCAGCGUUCAUGCGAGAGAUCACGAAGAAGGCCAGAGAUCAGCAGACUGAAUUCGAGCGCCAUCGUGCUGAACAGGUUGAAAAAGUGCAGGAACAGCAAAAAGUGUUGACGAGUCUGAAUGAGCAGCUCUCGGGUUUGCGGUCAAGCAAAACGGCUUAUCGCCAACAAGUUGAAUCGCACGACCGCAAAAUCAGCUCGAUUCAACAAUCGAAGAAUGACCUUCCUGCCGACGAGGGUUCAAAAGUGACGCUUGAAUCGCAACUCAGAGACGUUCAAGAAAAGUUGCAGAGUGCCAAGUCCGACCUGGCCAAUGCUACUUGGGAUGCCGAGAUCGAGCAGGCAACUGCGGCAAUCCGUCGACUGGAGGAGGCCCGCGAAAAGCUUGACAACGAACAGCACGAAGCCGUCCAGCGUGCAGGAGAUUCGGCGCAACUCGAUUAUGUGCAAAAAGAACUCAAAGGCGGCGAACAAAGCCUCGCGACCAUCAUCAAAGCUCACCAGGAAUCACUCGAUGCUGUUGUGGGUGAGGGAUGGACGCCAAAGACGCUCGAUACAGCCUUCCAGCGAGCUUUGGACAAGAGCAUGGUGGAAGUCAAGGAAGCUCAGAGCCAACGCGACGCUUCCGUCAGACAGUACGACGCGAUCAGCGCCACUUUCAACGAGCGCAACAACAGCCUCAAGGAGAAACAGGAUGAAAUCAAGAAAGCAGAGCAGAUGAUUAAACAGCUCGCAAACUGUACCCCACAGGAGUAUUUAGAAGUGGUGGAAGGCCUGGAGGAGGACUGUGACAGCCUGAAGCGCGAAUCGGCGAGCUUCCAAAGAGUCCAAGAAUAUCUGCAGAGUUGCAUUUCUGACGCCAAGAAGAAACACGUCUGUCGUACAUGUGCGCGCUCGGUGGACGCCAACGAGCUGGAGACACUUCUGAAAACCGUCAAAGACCAGCAAAAGAAGUACGUGGAUUCAGAGCAGAACGAGAAGAAUCUCAAGGAAUGCCUACAAGAGCUCGAAGACGCCAAGAAGGCCAGCAGCUUUGUAGACACCUGGGAGAGGAUCACAGAGAAAGAGAUCCCGCAGUUGAAGGAACAAGUCAGCCAGGCUGAGAAAUCUCGUGCCAAUUUGAGCGAACAGGUCAAUGGUGAAGAGGCUAUCGUGAAGGACAAGGAAUCGAAGCAGCGCGACAUCAACAGCCACAAGAAAACGAUUGAGCGGAUCGUCGGCUUAUCACAGCAGAUCGUGAGCUUUGAGAAGCAGAUCAAAGAGCUGGCCGCAAAGCAGGAAUCCGCCGGUUUGUCUCGGGGACUGGAGGCCAUCCAAUCGGACGUCAAAAGCAACGAUGUCCAGCGCAAGGCACAUCUCAGUGCUCAGACGGAAGCUACCAACAACCGCGACAGAAAGAGGGCCGCCAUCAAUGCGCUCGAGCUCGAAGCCAGCAAAGCCACUGGCGCAUUGCGUCAAGCUGAGUAUAACCUGAAGCAGAAACAAGCACUGGACGAACAAGAGCAGGAACACCGUGCAUCAAAGGCAGAUGCUCAAAAGAACAUUCGCGACAUUGACCUUCAGCUAGAGGCUCGCUCGUCCGAGCUUGAGCAACAGCAGGAGAAAUACGCAGAUAUCACUCGCCGUGGAGACGAGGCGGAUCGAGAGCAGCAAGAAAAGGCCAACAAAUUGAACACUACUGUCAACAAGUUGAAUGCGAUUGUGCAGGACAUCAAGGCUUAUCACGACCGAGGCGGAGAUGACCAACUCGCGCAAGCAAAAGAAGCACAGCAUGCUGCAGAGGCAGACGUGGCACGAAUUUUGUCGGAGCAGCGUAAAGUAGCUCAGAAUAUCAAGGAACUGGAGCAGCAGGCCACACGCUACGCCGAUUCGAAGCGCGAAAUCGCUGACAAUCUGCGUUUCCGCCGCGACCUUGAACAACUGAAAGCUGUGGAAGCAGAAAUCGCGGUGCUCGAGGCACGUGGUGCGGAAGCAGAUGCAGAGCGCCUGAACGCCAAAGCGAGGAGAUGGCAGGACAAACGCAAUGAUCUGGCUGCUGACCAGGCGGGUGUUAUUGGAGAAUUGAAAGGACUGGAUCGCGAGCUCGUGGAAGCGACCGAUCUGUACAACUCGGAGUACAAGGAAUCUGGCAAGAACUACCAAACUGCUCACAUUCUGGUGGAAACGACGAAGGCAGCCAUUAACGACCUCGGGCUCUACUGGAACGCGCUGGACAAAGCCAUCAUGAAGUUCCACACGCUAAAGAUGGAAGAGAUCAAUCGUAUCAUCGACGAAUUGUGGCGCAGAACAUAUAUGGGCACUGAUGUCGACACGGUGCUCAUCCGCAGCGAGAACGUGGAUGGCACUACGAGAGGCAACAAGUCUUACAACUAUCGAGUCGUCAUGGUCAAGCAAGACACGGAGAUGGACAUGCGCGGUCGUUGCUCGGCUGGCCAGAAGGUGCUGGCUUCCAUCAUCAUUCGUCUCGCGCUCGCCGACGUCUUUGGUCAUUCGUGUGGUAUGAUAGCCCUCGACGAGCCAACGACGAACCUCGAUGCAGACAACAUUCGUGCUCUCGCGCAGAGCUUGUCGGAAAUCAUCAAGAUUCGCCGCGCUCAGAGCAACUUCCAGCUCAUCGUCAUCACGCACGACGAGGAGUUCUUGACCCAGAUGAACUGUGGCGAUUACACGGACGACUACUGGCGCGUCUACCGUGACGAGAACCAGAAUACUGUGAUUGACAAGCAGAAUAUUUCUGCUGUGCUGUAAAGAAUUGUAGACUUAGCGAGGCGUUUUGAGGGAAAGGAAAAUUCUGUCACAGCUUAAAAGCAUUGAGUGCUGUGCUGGUUCUGCAGGGAAAUCAUGCUAGCGCAUUGCAACGACG